GGUGUAUUGUGAAAAAGUUAGACUUCUGUUUAACUCGUAGUGUCGUGAACUAGGACAUCAUUAUGUUGCUCAUCGUCACUUUUGUUUUGUCACACAAGGAUCCAUGAAUAGCAUGACCCUGUCCGUUAUACUUUUCCCUACCCGAGUGUGCCUGUGGUUGCUGUCAUUACUGUACUGGACCCUGGUCUACGGCACCGCCGGGGUCACGGGAUGCGUGGUUCUGAUCCGGAUAGUGUGGAGAGGAUUCAGAGACCCUCGUAGAACAUUCAGUUGGGCGGUCCGCAGUAGACCGCCCGAAUGCCUGCGGGAUCCAGCGCUGGGCACACACGGAUACCUGCGAUGCAGGAGCUCAGGUCUGCGACUGCACUUUGUGUCCAAAGGCAACCGCAGGAGGCCUCUCAUGCUCUUCCUCCAUGGGUUUCCAGAGAACUGGUACUCAUGGCGAUACCAACUGAGGGAAUUCAGUGGCCAGUACCACACAGUAGCCUUGGACCUGCGUGGCUGUGGGGACUCCGCUGCCCCCUACAGACUGGAGGACUACACACUGGAGAAACUUUUGGAUGACAUAAGGGACACCAUCAGCGGCCUGGGGCACACCAGCUGUGUGUUGGUUGGCCAUGACUGGGGUGGCAUGCUGGCCUGGCACUUUGCUCUGGAGCGGCCGGAUAUGGUGCAGCACCUCGUAGUGAUGAACGCCCCACACCCAGCGUCCUGGCUAGAUGCUGUGUUAAGAAGACCCUCUCAGCUCCUGCGCUCUGGCCAUACCUGCUUCUUCCAGCUGCCUCUGCUGCCUGAGAUUGCCCUGUCUAUGGAGGAUUUCAAGUUGGUGCGCAGCAUGCUAUGUGGUGGCCGUGUGGGGAUUCGGAACAGGGCCUGUCGCCUGACGGAGGCAGAGUUGGAGGGGUACCUAUAUUACCUGUCGCAACCGGGGGGGCUCACCGCACCCCUUAACUACUACCGUGCACUCCUCAGUAACGCACUCUACAGACAUCAGGACGUGGCAGUGGCUUGUUUGCUCAUCUGGGGAGAGGCUGACGGUAUAUUGGUGGAGGGGAUGGCGGGCGGGGCGCGGCCAUACACGAGGGGCUCGGUGGUGGAGCGCCGGAUCCCAGACUGCAGUCACUGGGUACAGCAGGACCAGCCCCAAACCGUCAACAAGAUGCUGUGGGACUUCCUCCUGCAGACGGACUCGCCUCAGUACUAGGCCCCACCACCGGAUGGCGCCAUACUAAGUACUUGUGCUCCUUGAAGUGUCGGUGGCCAAAUGUACUAACCAGUAUAAACCACCAAAGUAUGUGUAGUAUGAACAAAAUUUGAGUAGGUUGGAAUGCAAUUUUGCACACGGAAAGGUGAUUAUUUUUUAUAGCUCAAGCUAAAUUCUCUGCAGAUGCUUAAUGUAAAUUUAUAUUGAGGUGGCAUUGCGGAGGGUUGCUGUCGGUUUUAUGCCGUUGAUGGUAAUGAGGCAUAAUUACAAGACUCCCCUCCCCUCACAC